GCGCGAAAGAUUGAAAUUAUUUUCGCAAAGAACAGGCGGGAGAGAGAUCUUCAAGGGUUGUGUGGAAAUAUAGACUUCUUCUUAAUGAGAUGAUUUCAAACUUUUAAAAGUAUACUAUCGGGUUUUAUAAAGGGAGAGGGUACAGAAGCUGUUAUUAGCCUGGGGUUUUGUUUUUUUAAAUGAAGUUUUAUUGCCAAUAGAAGAAGCGGCAUAAAGCUAAGGCGGACUGAUGAGCCAGCUGCUCUCUCAACAACAGCAGGAGGCGGAGGUGGCAGUGGUUGAGACUGUGGAGGCACGGGAGAGUGAUUCAGACAGCGGUAUGGGCUCUCCACUGGAGACGGACACUGCUGGACUGACCCGUGGAGAGGAACAGCACGAUUCGGACGAUGAUGAGGACAUCACUGUGAACAGGAAGUCUCGUUGCCGGAAGGCACUACAAGACAGCGACAGCGAGGAAGAGGAAGUGACAGGGAUGGCAGAGGCUCUGGUCCUAUCGGAAUCCAGCGAAGGGGAGGAGGGUGCCAGUGGGGAGGGGCAGAAGGGGGCCAAGCGAGGAAAGCGGGUUGUUCGUGCCCCCCUCGAUAGCGGGGAGAGCGAGCCGGAGCUGGAGACGGCCAGAACGAGUCCUAAAGGGAAGAAGGAGGCCAAGAAGGAGCGACGCAGGGAGAAGAGGGUGAAGAACGUGGACCGAGUGAAGAGGAGGGACAAGCCCCAGGUCACCCCUGCCACCCGGGUCCUCAACGACAGCGGCUGUCUCCUCGGGGACAGUGAUCUGUUUGACACGGGCCUGGAGGAAGAAGGGGCGGGGCUAGAGGGAGAAGAGGAGGAGUCUCUGGAUGCCAUCAGAGCAGCUAUGAAGCAGAAGGCUAAAAAGCACCGGCCUGUACUGGAGGAGGAAGAGGAGGAGGAUGAGGAGAAUUUGCAUAAACCGCAGCGCAAGGAGAGGAAGGCGGCCCUUGCCAGUAAGGAGGCCAUGAGGCAGCUGCACAGCGAGAGCCAGAGGCUUGUCCGAGAGUCCUCAUUGGGGUUGCCCUACCACAUGCCUGAACCCAAGACCAUCGACCAGUUCUUCAGGAGGAGAGUGAGACCCGCCGGUCCUGCCAUGGCUCUGCUGAAGUCCACAAAGUACCAGGAUUGCAUUUUAGAGGCAACCUCGACCCCUCAGACCAAUCAGAACCAGCACAAAACGGACCAUCCAUCAACUGUACCCGACCCCUCCCCAGUAUCGGGGGCGGCUGAGGAGGCAGGCCCUGAGCCUCCCGCCCCCCUGCAGAAUGGGGAGGGAGCAGCGGCAGCCCAGCCUGUGCAGGAGGAGCGCCCCCUGCAGGCAGACGAGCAGACUGAACCUUCGGGCUCGGACGCAGAUGGGGGCGGAGCUGAACUCUCUGAUGCGGACCAGGGGGCCGCUCCCCCGGCACAGAGCCCUGCGAGUCCCGCCUCUCCGGGGGGCGAGGAGGCUGGGACCGAACCCGAGCCUCCAGCCCCACAGAACGCAGGCUCGACAGCAGGACAGGGCGAGCCGCCCGCCCCCCCUGCCGCACCGGUUGCCCCGUCCUCAGCGGGUGGACCCAGGGCCCGGAAGGACAAGCUUGCCCGACUGCGAGAGCUGGGACUCGAUCCUCCACCCGUCCCAAAACUGUGCGCCGAUGAAGGGUCCUUCAUCCACCUGGAGCCUCCGCCGCCCAACCCCGCUCUGGAGGCCCUGAAGCAGCGGUUCCUGCGUCACGUGCAGCCUGCUCCCCGGCCCCGAGGCGAGCGCACCGUACAGCUCAACGUCAUCCGCAAGGAGAGCGCCCCCUCUGGCCAGGAGGAGCUUCUUACAGACGCCGUAACGGUCACCCUCACUGACGGAGACGAGGAGGUGGUCCACAGCAGGCCCGGUGAGAAGCUGACGCUCCUGAAGUCCCGUCUGCAGCAGGCCAUGGCUCUGCGCCGGCAGGUGGAGAGGGAGCGCAGGGUGGCCCUCCAUCGCCUGGACAACGAGGACUGCGAGGAAGAGGAGGAGGAGGAGGAGGAAGAGAUGACCGAUGAAUCUGAGGGAGAGGAGGAAGAGGGUGUGGAUGCGCUGCUGGGAGGUGCUGGAAAUGGCCAGGCGGAGGAGGAGGAGGAGGAGGAGGAGGAGGCUGGUGGCAGUGAGAGGAGCCCCUCCCCCGCACCCCUCAAGGAGCCGUCUCCAUCCCUGGAGCUGCUGAACACAGACGGGACUCUGCUUCUGUUUGCAGGCAGCUCCUGCUCCCGCACCGGGGAUGGGGUAAGGAGGACUGGGCCCGGAGGGCGAGAGUCUGACGGCAAGCUGGAGGAGGACGACUCCCUCACAUUGGCGAAGGACAACAGCCACAACAGCAGCUUCGAGCUGAUUGGCUCCAUGAUCCCGUCCUACCAGCCAUUCAACCGAGCAGCAGGAAGGGGCGUGUCCACCGGCGCGUUCCGCUCCCCCUCACCCGGGUUUUACAGGCCCAGCUUCCUGGGUUCCGCCUCCAAGAGCUCAGGGAAGCUGUCGGAUCCCUCGCUGUCCCUCUCCCUGCCAGUGGAGGACUCUCAGGACCUGUACGCCCCGCCCUCUCCCGGGGAAGCGGCCCACCUGGCCGGGGACUCCCAGGGCCCCUUCUCCCUGGAGGACGACACGCACUCCCAGCUGCUGGAUGCCGACGGCUUCCUGAACGUGGGGCCCCGGGCGGGGCCCGGCCAGUACCCGCCCCGCUCGCAUAAGCGCCAGCUGCUGCUGGACAGCCUGGACGAGAACGCCAUGGAUGCCAACAUGGGGGAGCUGCUGGGGCUCCUGGGGCUCUGCUCUGGAGGAUUCGGCAGCGGGCCUGAGGGCAGGGCAGGAGGCCAGGCCGGGGAGACGCAGGGGGGCACUAUGGGGGAGCUCCUGGGGCUCUGCUCGGGCAGGUUCAGCACGCAGGCGGUUGGGGUAGACGGUGGAGAGGGCGGGGCCCUGGGGACAGCCACACAGAAGGGACCGAACGAGGACGCCUCUGAGGGGGACAUGGACCAGCUGGUUGAGCUCUGUUCCGGAAAGUUCCCCAGCCCAGCUGCCUCCCCGUCAGCUGAACCCAGACGAGCUCCAUUCUCUCCUGAAGAGGCUGCAGACAGGAAGGAGAACCGUGAGGAAGAGGAGGAGGAGGAAGAAGCAGAUGCAGAGUUCCACCUGCUCUCGGACGUGGGCAGCAUGAGCGGCCAGGAGGACAGCGAGGAAGAGAGUGAUGAGGCAGAUGGAGAGGACGCGGAGGAGGAUGCUGAGGAGGAGGAGAGGGCAGCGGUGUUUGGCCCCCGCCCAGGGAAGAGGAAGAAGAUGCGCUUGGCAGAGUUUGUGGACUCUGAAGCAGAGCUCUCUGGCAGCGAUGUGGGCAGUGAUGAUGAGGAAGAAGGAGAGAGUGAGUACGAGGAAGAGGAGCUGCAGGAGGAUCUGCCGUCAGAUGAAGAACUGCAAGACCAGGUCAACAAGAUCCACAUGAAGCAGGUUAUGGACGAUGACAAGCGGCGCCUGCGUCUGUAUCAGGAGCGUUACCUGGCCGACGGGGACCUGCACUCAGACGGGCCGGGCCGAGCCCGCCGCUUCCGCUGGAAGAACAUCGAUGAUGCGUUUGAGAUGAACGGGCCAGAUGAAGAGGGGGAUGAAGAGGAGGAGGAGGAGGGAGAGCUGGAGCAGGCGGAGCUGCAGAGGAGGAGAGAGAGGCAGGAGAGGGAGCAGUGGCUGAGAGAGCAGUCGGAGGCGGCGUCCAAGAAAGGCGAGGAAGCUGAUGAUGAUGAAGAAGGGAUCGCGGAGGAGGACAGCCAGUUCAUGAAGCUGGCGAAGAAGCUGACUGCCAGACAGCUGCAGCAGAAAGAUGCACCAGGUGUACCCCUGCAGAAGACCGGCCCUGCUCACACCCCCUUCCAGAGAUCUCAGUCCACUCUGGUGAAGAGAGGCUCCCUGCUCAGCCAGCCCCGCGCCGUCCUGCAGAAACUGGCCUCCAUUUCUGAGGGGAACCCCUGCGCCCCCCGCAGCUCCCGCGGCUUCCUCUUCCAGACCCUGUCACCGGAGAAGGAGGAGGCAGCCAAACAGCGCCCCAGCCAGCAGGUGAAGAAGAGGGGACCGGGAGAGGCUCUUGCUCCCACUGCCAAGAGGGCGUGUCCCGAGGGCCCUGGGAGACCAGCCAGGCCCCAGAGGAGCAUCUUCUGUUACCUGGAGAACUGAAGGGGCCCCUACAAGGGACCCAGGCCACCGGUGAAACCUGCAUACCCGCCCUCAAGUCCGCAUACUUACACACAUCUCCACCCCUCGGGGCAGUGGGAAACUGAGGGCUGACUGUAUUUUUAAUCAUGUAAAUACUACGCAUCUGGUUUGCUUCUUUAACAUUUGUAUUUGUAUUGAAAUUGUAAAUUAAAGAGUAUCUAAGAA